CUUUUUUGAUAUCCACAGUUUCAUUUUAAGUCCCUUUAAGGUUAAUUUCCGUAGUAUUUUCUUUGUUAAUUCUUAACUAAUCAUCGGCUUAUUCCUCUUAUCUUUAAGAUAAAAAGAUACCAACUACAGGAUUUUUAACUUCUACAGGUGUUACUUUUGAUUACUUUUUGAUAUAACAGUUGAAAAGUGCUAAAUAAAACCGGAAACAAGUGUUUGGUGCUCAUUUUUGUAAAACUAGGUUUAAAAUGGAUAGAUCAUUGGAUCGGUUGUCUCUUUCUCUCACUCCGGUUGUUCAUAAACAUAAAAAGACGUUUUCUCAAAUAAAAAAACUAAGCAUUCCAUUUCAAGAAGUUUUCAGAAAAACUAAGAAGUUCAAGUUUAGAAAAAAGCGAAGGUCGUCUGGUAAUUUCGGGAGCGCGGGGGCUCGUUCCGCUCCAAGUACACCUCAGGAACAGCAAGUACUAUGCAAUCCAUCUGGCACUACACUCUCUCCCGAUCUACUUCCCAGCCCCUCAAGCCCUGGCUGUACCACAAUAAUCAGUCAGACUAGUCCAAGUCAUGCACUAUUUUCCAAGUGCGACAAAGCAUCUUUAAAACACUUGUCUACAUCAACACCAAUAAUGACGGCACAAGCUCAAGUAACAGAACCUCCUAGUCCUAAAACAACCAAAGAUCCAAAAAUCCGUACGACGUCCAAAGCGAGGCAGAAAAAAUUCAUGAGGCACUUUCCCAAUGUGGAAGAAGACGAAAAAGUAUUGAACUAUUACUCAUGUGCACUAAUAGGAGACAUUCUAUUACAGGGUCAUCUUUAUAUCACAAAAAACUAUUUCGCGUUUUACUCAAAUGUGUUUGGAUAUGUUACAAAAUUAUUGAUUCCAAUAUUAACAGUGGAAGAUAUAACAAAAGAAAAAACUGCAAGGAUAAUACCUAAUGCCGUAGGUAUAGCUACAAGUGAAGAUAAGCAUAUAUUUGGAAGUUUGAUAUCGAGGGACAGUACGUUGGUGUAUAUGAAAACAGUAUGGCAAAAAGCAAAAAGUGCAUCCCCAGUUAUAAUUGAACCAGAAAUAGAGGAACCUGAUUUAGAUUCUAGUGAUUCGAUAGAAGUAGAAAGUGGUCGAGAUUCACCCCCAAUUGAAAUAAAGCCUAAGUUUUCUUUAGUCAAAGUAAUUCCAAAAGAUCUACGACCUAGUGGAGUAGAAGGGUCGGAUUAUGACAAGGACUCCGGAGGAUUCAUGAAAGUUCUAAAGGAGGCCAUCGUCGAGUUUAGAAAAUUACCAAGACAGAGCAUAAUCUUGUGCGCUACAACACUCUUGCUCAUUCUUCUUUUUUUCUCAGCCGGGCUGUUGCUCUAUCGAAUAAGCAAAAUUCAAAACAAAUACUCUAUGGCAUUGCACGAGAAUAUGAUCAAAGGAUCCAAGGAUGUAUACAGCGACCUCUUGCAGUGGCAUUCGCAGAUGCAUUCGAAGUCGGCAGGGGCCGUGAAUAACUUUUUAGAUUCGAAUUUAGUUCUUAUUGCUCAGGUUAGGCAAUCCUUAGAAGCUUUAUCUUCAAUUCUGAUGCAGUCUAGCAGUACAUCUCAAAUGCACGAAUCAAACGCAAAGCCCAUAGAAGGAGCAACCAAAGACAACAGUUAGCCAAUUAAUCAGUCCUGUACGAACAACAAUCCUUUGUCCUGAUGAAUACGUUGAAAGCAAAAAAACCUUAUCAGUAUUUUGAUAGAAUUUUAAAAACUCCACGAGUAAUAGGUCACGAAAAUUUCAAAUCCUUAUAAAAAUAGAUUAUUACCGCUGAAAGCAGUAUGUUCAAUUUCUGAUCGUUUGAUAAAUGGUAGUAAAUGGUGGCUUGAAUUAAAUAACCUCGAUAUCAUAGAAAUCAAGGAGGUAGAUGUGUUAAGAAAAUUAGCAAAGAACUAUUAAAAGAUUAUUUUGUUUAGAAAUAAUUAUUAUUUUUUCAUCCUAUGUUAGUUUAUCUGUUUAAAAACAGAGACACUAACGAUCCUCUAUUUAACUGUGUUCACAAAAGUUUUAAAAAAGAAUAAUCUAUAGCUGUAGAAGACAUUGUAUGAACAAUGACUACUGGAACACAAACAAAUAUGGCUGCUAUUAUAAUUGUUAACACGUACACUACAUAGACUGAAAGACAUAC